UAUGAGAAAACCCUAAGUUUAUAUUGUAUGCAUCAUGUGUAAAUAAAGUAUUUUUCUUAAGCCUAGUUGAUUGUGCAUAAUGCCUAGAGGAGGUUAUUCCUUCUUGUCUUCAUACUAUUCUUCCUCAUUCAAACUAAGCAUAUUGCUUCCCAUCUCAAUACAAAGAAUCAUGAUUCUAGCUUAUUACUCAUCCAUUUAUCAUGAUUAUAUGAAGUAUGAACCUUUUGGUUGAAUAAAAGAUGACAGAUGAAUCCGAUAGACUGGUACCAAUAGCUAAUGUUGGAAGAAUAAUGAAGCAAAUACUACCCCCAACCGCGAAGAUCUCAAAAGGGGCUAAAGAGACUAUGCAGGAAUGUGUUACCGAGUUUAUAAGUUUUGUUACAGGAGAAGCUUCAGACAAGUGUCACAAGGAGAAUAGAAAGACAGUAAAUGGAGAUGAUAUAUGUUGGGCUCUAACAACUCUAGGGUUUGACAACUAUGGAGAAGCCAUAACAAGAUACUUGUACAAAUAUAGAGAAUUUGAAAGGGAAAAAGCUGCAAAUUGUCAAGGAAGAUCAGAAGAAGUAUUAGCUUGUGGCACUCAAGAAAGAGAUGAGCAAGAUCAAUUCUUGGAAACAUCUUCAACUUUUCCUAGCUUGGAGUUUAGAAUCAUAGAUCCCAAGUCUAAAACCCCUUUCAAAAACCCAUCUUAUGUUUGCAAAAGGUAAGUUUAAAACUACUUAUAAAUUACAAUUAAUUAUACUAGUUAGCAUUUUAGACUUUAAUUUUACUUUGUUUUGUUGCUUGCUUUACUUGUUUA